UAUUUUGUUUGUUUACAGGAGAUUGAGAAUGAGGAGAGUCAGGACAGCACAUUGACCGGUGACAUGUUGGAGGAAGGAGAGGUCAGGGACAUUGGGAUGAGGACGGAGUCCCUGGACAGUGUCAGCCCCGACAACGUCAUCUACGACAACCGACACAAACAGUUCGGCGAGCACGCCUGUCCACACUGUACCACCACCUGCCAGACCGUCCUGGACCUUGAUGUACACCUGGAGGCUGAGCAUUACAUGCAUGACCCGUUUCCCUGUAAGUUCUGCCCGACCCGGUUUGAUAAGUACACUAAGUUACAGAGACAUGUGUCGGCGGCUCAUCCUGAGAAGAGGUACGGCUGUAGUGUGUGUGGGAAGCUGUUCAAGUAUUACUACACCAUGAAGGAACACGAGAAGAUCCACACGGAAGAGAAGGCCUGGCUCUGUGACUUCUGUGGAAAGGGAUUCUCACUACAGAAAUAUCUGAUCAAACACAGAGAGAGGCAUGACGCUAUACCAGUGGACGAGAGUGGGAGUCACAAGUGUAAAUACUGUGACAAGAGCUUCACAGAGGUCAAGUUGUACCAGAUCCACAUGCGGACCCACACAGAGGUACCAGAUAGAAUCCACCAGUGUAGUAUGUGUCCCAAGCGCUUCUUUAAGAUCACCCACCUGAAGCGGCACAUCAUGACCCACACCAAGAUUAGGAUGUACAAGUGUGAUGUCUGUCCAAGGUCGUACAAGGACAAGGACACCCUGAGGAAGCAUGUCAAGUUCUGUCACCCUCCGGAGGGGGACGAGGUGGAAGAAUUCCAGUGUGAACAUUGUGACAGGAAGUUCUACAAUAAAGGGCAUCUAAAGAGACACAUGGUCAAGCACACAGGAGAGAGGCCAUUUGUGUGUCCACAUUGUCAGAAAGGAUUCGGGGAGAAAAAGAGUUUGGAGAAUCACAUCAGAAUACAUACAGGUGAGCGUCCAUACGAAUGUCAGGAUUGUGGAAAACGUUUCAUUCAGCUAUCUCAUCUCAGACGUCAUAAAUAUCUCCACACUCAGAUUCGUAAUGAGGUUUGUAAGGAGUGUGGUAAGCGGUUCUUUGAGAAGGCUGAUCUACAGAAGCACAGCCGCGUCCACAGUAAAGAGAGGCCCUUCAAGUGUGACCUGUGUCCCAUGUCAUUCACCCAGCAGAACAUCCUCAAGUGUCACCGCCGACGACAUACCGGGGAAAAACCCUACGUCUGCGACAUCUGUGAUCGGGCAUUCACUCAGAUGGGAGCUAUGCAGUGUCACCGUCGUCUUCACACAGGAGAACGUCCCUAUAAGUGUAAAUACUGUGGUCUGGGCUUCGUCAGUAAGGAGAGGAUGAAGUUCCACACGUACUCCCACACAGGACAGAAUCCACACAUCUGUCACAUCUGUGGUAAAGGAUUCCGCCUGAAGUUCAAGCUACAGAGUCACCUUGACAAUCACGACGGAAUCUACAGACAUCAGUGUGACUAUUGUAGUAAGGGGUUCCUAGAGAAAGCCAAGCUUAACAGACACAUCAAACAGAUCCACAUGCAGGAACCAGUCAGGACCAAGAUAGUGUCACUUGAUGGUCCCAACAUUCAGACUAUAGAGGAAGAUGGCGUAAUCACGGUGAUCCACACCCCCGCCUCCAGCGUCAAUGACAACAACAUUGUACAGUACAUCCCUGUGUCUACCGCGGACAAUCCACAGGAGGGGGUCACAGAGGAAGUGGUUGAGACCCACGUCACUAUUCCUUUUGAGAUUAACAACGAGGGACAGCCCAGUGAGACUAAUUCGGCCGUGUCGACGAUCCAGUUCGAGGCUGACGGAGAAGCCGCCCAGGCUACGGCGGCAAAUCUAGCAGCGCUGUAUUCAGGGGAGGCCACUCACAUUACCAUGCCCUCGGACAGUAUCAUUUACCAGGGGGACGAGAAUGGAGAAGAAGUUGUGUAUGUGGUUAUACCGGAGGAUAAUCAAACUGUUAUACUGUCAUAGGAGGAGGUGUUAUUAUAGUAAGGGGUGAAUUCAUAAGGGGAGGCGUUAAUGUAGUAAGGGGGUAACUAUAAUUAAUUAAUGAAAUGUAAAACAUUCAAUUUUAAUGGGGACAGUGUAGUCAUUUUUAACGAUAAGAAUAUUUAUUAUCAUGGAAGAUGUACCUUAUAUUGUGGCUUAUGUCAGGAACAGAAACUAUGUGGUUGUAUUUGAAUUUAAAAGGGCUGUCACAGGUACCCGAAAUGAACCGGAACCGGAACAAUUAAUUGGGGUUGGGUACAGUUCCGUUUUUCCAGAAUUCGGUUCGGUUUGGAUGUGUACAAUAGAAUAGAUUUACUAUAAAAAUGGUGUCAAAAACGAGAGAUUUGAUAGUGCAUUGCCAUUAUAAGGUUAUUUAAAUAAUUUGGUACAAUUAUUGUCUAGUCAGGAAGCUACUUUAAACUAUUUAUAAUGUUGCUAUGUCUAAAAUUAAAUGAAAAUUUUCUUUUUGUUGUUGAAAAAAAUACAAAUCAUGAGCUUUUAUUCCAUUACCUACCCAAAUUGAAAAUCCCGAAACCGAACCUAAAAAAAUCAGAACUGAUCCGACCCAAACAAUUUUGGAACUGUGACAGCCCUAGAAUUUAUGUAAAUUAUUUUGUUCAACAUAAUUAUGUUGAUUUUAUUUUGAGUUAUACAACUAAAGAAUUGAAAACUAAAGCUGAACAAUUUUGUCAACAUAGGUCAAUACAUGUAUGUUGAUUCAAAUUCUGAGAUUAUCUCUAUUUUGAAAAAAAUUGAAUACUGUGCAUCCAUUUGCUACUUCAUAAUAAAAUCACUCAGGGGUCUGAAAUUUUAAUUUUCCACCUUCCUAGAGUGAAAUAUGGAAGUUUAAAAUGUGUUCCUUUAAUAUAUUUAGUCUUGUUAUUUUUCUUAUUUGAGAAAGUUGAAACUCAGAAAUAAAUAUCUGGCUUUGCAAUAAAGCU